UCUGCUGGUUAGUCAGCUCUGUGUGAGCAGCUCUGGUCCUCUGAUGAUGAAUGGGCUGUCCGGACCUGCUGACGUCACCGGGAAACCGAGAAACCGGCAGUGAAACAGCAACACACCGACAGGUAAAGGUCCGUCCAGGGUUCGUUCUCCGGCUGGUUUAUCCUGAAGGAAAAAUGAAUUCAAAGGAAGAGAAGUGGAGCGAAUCAUGCAGCAGCCCUGUUUUUGUGCACAACCCACACCUGGAAGGGAUGAAGGAUGACAUCCUCUACCACUUUGGUUUAGGAACCGGAACUCACGACCUACCAGCUAUGUUUGGUGAUGUCAAAUUUGUGUGUGUCGGGGGCAGUCCUUGGAGAAUGAAAUCAUUCACUGAGUACAUUGCUGCUGAGCUCAGUAUUGAAGACCCCAAAUCAGAGUACCCAAACAUCUGUGCUGGAACGGACCGUUAUGCUAUGUACAAAGUUGGCCCUGUACUGUCUGUCAGUCAUGGUAUGGGAAUCCCAUCAAUUGCCAUAAUGUUGCAUGAGCUAAUAAAGCUCCUUCAUCAUGCUUGUUGCACAGAUGUUACAAUUGUACGCAUUGGAACAUCAGGUGGAAUAGGGCUUGAGCCUGGAACAGUUGUUGUCACCAAGCAGUCCAUGGAUGCCACCUUCCUGCCCAAGUUUGAGCAGGUGAUCCUGGGGAGGACGGUGGUGCGCAAUACUGAUCUCGACCCAAGCCUGGCUGAGGAGCUGUUACAGUGCAGCAAGGAGCUCAACCAGUUUGAGACAGUGAUAGGCAACACCAUGUGUACACUGGAUUUCUAUGAAGGCCAAGCCCGUUUGGAUGGUGCCUUCUGCUCCUACACUGAAAAGGAUAAACAGGAUUACCUCAAUAAAGCCAGUGAAGCAGGAGUCUGCAAUAUUGAAAUGGAGUCAUCAGUUUUUGCUGCUAUGUGCAAGCUGAGUGGUCUACGAGCGGCUGUGGUGUGUGUGACUUUACUGGAUCGUCUGAAGGGGGAUCAGCUGAGCAACUCUCCAGAAGUUCUUCACAGUUACCAACAACGUCCUCAGAUACUGGUUGGCAACUACAUUAAGAAGCAGUUAAAGAAAAAAAGCUCUUCGUAGCCAAGUGCAACAGUUAUCACAUUGUUAUGCAAGCAUACAUAAAAAAUGUUGUAUACAUUCUUUCGGAACAAUAGCCAUAUCUUUAAUACCUCCAUCACUAUAUUUUGAAGUUAUGUACUGACUUGUAGUUAUCCUUUGGCAAUGUCUUAAUAUAUUCAUAUAUUUUUAUUUUUAUAUUGUAUUGGCUCUGCCGUCUAAGACCAGUCACUAUUGGGUUUAUACCUGCAUGCAUUCGCACUGGUGAGGAUUUUUUUUCGCACCCUUCCGCUCUGAACAGGUCCCAGUAAUGUCUGCACUUGCCAUGUAUAACAGCUGGGCGACCAUAUUUCAGCUCCCAUUUUCCGUGAGGCUGGCAGUACAGCCUGCACCUGCUCGCAGCAUCAUAGGUGAAGAUGUCUACCAGCAGGGCCACUGGCCAGUCGCUCCUGCUGUGGCCUUGCUUCCCAGAGCUCAGGCCCUCUGAGGAGGCAGCUUUUUAUCGACCCUGGAAGACUGCACCACUAGUGAAAAAAACAAAUAGAAAUGACUGAGCAUGCGAGUGUGGAUAAACCCAAUAAUGGCAGCUCUUUGAGGGCUACACCUACACUCAUAGAAUUUAGAGUCACAAAACGUAACUUAAGUUACUAAGGCACUAUCUAUUAACCGUUAUGUAGCAGCAUAGUCAUCAAAUAUGUCUUAUUUAAGGCUGCCUUUGUUCUAUACAACCUGUUAAGAUUAUUUUUUUUACCUUAAACCUGCAUUAAUUCAGGACUUUUGGUUAGUCUAUGUAUACAAUGGUGCUGUGACAAAAUUACCUGAAACUGUCAUUAUAGAAGUGUUUCACAAAAACAAAACAAAAAAGACUGAUAACUUGUGCCCUUAUGAUGGUAUUGGUUGUGUUCCCAUCCAGAGUAAUUGUAUGCAGAGUGUAUGUUGCAUUGUACAAUAAGGCUAAUGUAAUGUUUCCAGAAGUUUCUUUCAGAACCUAAACACUGUAUCCAAAUGUCAAUCACUUUUUGAGAAGAAAGUCCACUGAAUGUCUUCACACUAAUAAAUGAUCAUGCAGUUGUAUGUUCUGACUCAUUAUAUGUUCGCAACAUCAUACAGCUUUUUUUCAAGAAGCACUAUGUGUAAAGAAGGUUUGUUGCUGUAUGACCAACAUCCAGACUGCUGACUUUUUAAAUA